AGGGCACCGUGUCUUGGAGCACUACGCUCUCAGCCAGCCCUGCAGGAGGUGAUGGACGUGGAGGGAGUGUGUCUAGAGGAGGGGGAGGAGGAGGGGGAUAAAGUGGGGGAGGUCACCAUCAUCCGGGGAGAAGACUCCGAGCUCAGUCUCAGUUUCCAAGGGUACGCCACCGAGCUCCGGCAGUGCCAGAGCCGGAUGAAGACCUCCCAGGUGCCCCUCAACGCCCACGACCAAUCAGAGGGGAUCCAAGACUCCAAGACUGACAUGUACAAGGCCACAAUCGUGUGAGCUGUGAGGCUGAGCAACCUUCACCAGCACUUUUCAAGCUUGAGUCACUGUCUGUUCAAACAGGAUCUUACUUGACAAACGAGGGACUUUAACUGUAAAAAGCUAUUGAUUUUCACUCCAGAACUGAUAGAAUGUAUAAUAAUUGUUUUGGUGAUAGAUAUUGUAUUAUUGAACAUUACUCUGGUGUGUGUUUAGUGGGUUUACAUUUUCAAGAAGUGAUGAAAAGCAAAUGAAUUGCCAGUUCAGAUUGAUGAAAGAUUUGGUAAUAAAUAACUGUUUGGGAAUUUAUCAGGGGAUAGGCUACCUUGUUUAAAACAUGGUUGCUGAUACUGUAGGUACUGCAAGGCAGGGGCUAUAGAACUUUGCCUCUUUCAGGUAGAUAGGAUAGGAUUCACAAAUUUUAGGAACAUGAGAAACUCCUCGCAACUCUAGUACAUUUUACUGUAUUAUUCUCGUCAUUUAUUCCACGCUUUCAUGGUGAACAACAUAUGAUCCAUCUUCAUAUCUGUAAACGUCUCAUUACAGUAUUAUGAUUGGCUUCAUGUUUGGUUAUUGUUCAAAUUCCACUCAAUAAACAUGCCUACCUUUGUAAUUCCAGCAUGGAAGCCUCUGUAGUUAGUCAUUUAGAUUUUUGUAUGGUAUGGAGUCCAAUGUUGAAAGAUUAAAUUAAAGGUGCAAUCUGGGAUUUCAAACAACCCCAACUGAUGGAGGAAUGACAGUAGAACUAAGCUCAUGAGGCGUUUAUAAGUUAUAUUCUUCAAGAAUCAAUGACUAUGUAUCAUUAAUUUCAUCCAACAAUGGAUGUACAAAUCCCAGAUUGCCCCUUGAAUUUAGCUUUAAAUAAAACAUUUUUAGAAUGCAAAUCCUUGAUACCCAACCUGGUUCAAAGAUAGACCUGUAAAACCCUUAUCAUUUGGUUUAUAAGAUUUUCACAUUCCAAAAUUCUCCUUAGUGUGUUUUGUCUUAUCAAUCUGUUUGCCCAGUUGGUCAGAAUGGUAAAUUAUUAACAGUGUUAGUUAUCAUUAAAGUGAACAAUUUCAUAUUGGAGCCACACAUUAUAAACCCAUUUUUUAACCAGUCUUGUAAGCUGUCAGAAAGUCUUGUAAGAUUAGGUCUCAUUGUGUAAUUUACCAUAGCAUCUGCAGGGAUGUCAUAUAUUGCAACCUUGGAAAAUUAGAGGCUUGGUUAUGGGACAGGGGGUAUUCUUGCCACAGCACGGUGCACUUGGAAUGUUAACAACUCUGGGACGCUGCAUGGUGACCAAGCACAGAUCGAGAGGAGGGAUCCCGCACCGUCAUCCGCCCCCGCCCCCGCCCCCAUCCGCCUAAAGGUUACUUUCCAUUACAUCAAAGAUCCGCUCUUUCAAGAUCUUGCAUGUUUCAUCAUGGGCGUCUCGUGAGGGAAAACGUUCGAUGUUUUGCGUAGAAUAAUUACCAUAACCGAAAAGUCUGUCUAAUGACGAAAUGGAUUUACUCAAUAGAGUUUGAGUUUACAGAGUACAGUAUCGCUCUUGCAGGAUGUCCCACGUUCUCAAUGAGCAAAAGCAGGCUGAGUUCUCUGGAAUUGACAGAUAAAACGUGACAACGUUUACCUAACGGACCUGCUUCAGGAAAUUAACUUCUAAACAUUUUGCACAUGAUAUCUAAGUCAGAGACCAAACAAACCAAAAUAUUAUGAUGCUAUACUUUGUGUUACUUUCCCUACCGUAUGUUCUCAGUGCACGGACGGUAAGUGAAGUUUAAAAAAGUUAUUUCUUACAAUUAUUGCAGUUCUUCUGGAGCGCAACCAGUGAACCGUUUGGAGAGGCAUAUUUUUGCGUGCGUAAUUUGGCAACAAAGUAGACUAACCAUGCAAACUUUAACUUUGUUUCACUUUGAUUCCAGCGAAUGGUACACCCUGGAUAUGAAACGUUAAUUACGAGAAAUGUGAACGACGAUAAUCAGAAAGGUAAUUAUUCCUAUUCACAUGAACAACAUACAGUACCUGUUUAAUUGAUUACAGUUUCGUGCGUAAUCUUCACUAUCCUGUAGGCCUAUUUGUUUAUAAAAUGUUGAAAUAUUUUGUUUGUAUAUAACUUUACACAAUUGUACAAUACAGCCCAUCAACCAUUUUACCACUCAAGAACUCAGUGAUAAUGAUCUCUUUAGUCGAUGCAGUAGGAAUCCAGUACUAUUCAGCUUGUGUUAAGGGUCUACAUCUCUUUUCAUACCGGAACAAUGAUUAGGCUGUCUAAGGGAAGGAUGAAGUUAUGAGAUUUAUGCUGCCCUUCUACUGGGCCUCCCCAGUAAUAUAACUUGAUUGGGUCCUGGCUGGAGCCACUGUCAAACUCAAAGGAUUCAUUGUCCAUCUGAUGAGGUGAUCCCAAGCCACGGGAGAACACCUGCUUUCUCAUUAGCAUAUUCACAUUAAAUGGCCUCUAUUCUGCCACAAAGUGUUUUUGUUUUAUAGUUUUUACUUUGAAUAUUAUUUUUACUUUGAACUUGAUAUUGUACAGCAAACUUAAUGAAAAACAGAAUUCACCACUAGAAUUUGUGUAUAAUACAAUAUAUUGACUUGUGCUGAUAACCUUAUGUAUCUAACCCUGUUUCUGUGGAUCCAGUUCUUACAGUAGACAGGAAAGAAUGUAAGUUCCCAUUCCGUCAGGGAGGAAGCAUUCACCACCACUGUAUCACAAUCAGUUCAUCCAGACCUUGGUGAGUCCAGUGUCAGUCACCUCAGCUUACUGUUAGUCACUCUAGUAUCCACUGUUUUGGAGACACAAACAACCACUUCAACCACAUAUACACAGCACAACAUUGCCACACAUUUACAUUACUCAAAGAGAUACCUCACUCAUGUACACUCAAAGGGGUUUCCCAGUUAUUGACUGGUGAGGUGACACAAUCACACACGCAUGCACACACACACACACACACACACACACACAUACACACACACACACACACACACACACACACACACACACACACACACACACACACACACACACACACACACACACACACACACACACACAUACACACAUACACACGCACACAAAUGUGUGCAAGCACACACGCACACACUCACACACACAAACAAACACACACACAAUUAAAAAGUACCUAACCACUAACCACACAAUGUCUGUGACCAUCCGUCUGAAGCCCCUAUAUUACUAUAAUAAAUAUAAUGACUUAAUUAUAGUCCUCAUUAAUCCAAGGGGAAUUGCUCUACAACACAAUGAGGUGACUGUAUGCAAUCUUCCAUGAGCUAAUCACUAUGUGACCUAAUUGAGCUAUCCUAAAUGGCCUCAUAAGUCAGCAAUGCUAAUUUAUUCACCAUAAACUGUCAUGAAUAUGCUAUGACAUGUUUAUAACACGGUUACGCAGGUUUUAUAACCUAAGUUAAUGGUUUAAUGUUGUAUACUAAUGAUGUCAUGUCUCAAAACACAGUCUUUACUUGUUUUGAUUAAACUUUUGAAUUGUGAAAACGACGAGACCACAGAUGUGUGUCUCAUAACCCCAGCUGUUGGACAGGAAGUGCUAUGAUGAGGUCAUCAUCUGUGGGACUGCGCUGCGGCUGCAGGGUAAAUCCACUCAGGCUAUGACAGGGCUGCAGGCAUCUGCAAGUAUGAACAACUAAGAUGUAAUUCAAUAUGGAUGGUGUUCUUGCCCUCUUCCACUCAGUUCUCAAUUAAUUGCAAGAGCCCAGUGCUGGCUCAUCUUUAACUGUGAGGGAUUUUGAGGGUGUGUGAGGGUGCGUGUGUGUGUGCUUGUGUGUGUUUGUAUGUGCAUGUGUGUGUGUCCUCUUAGGACCUCAGCCACUGGAAGUCGUUUUAUCCAUUUGUUUUUCAAAGAUUUUUUAAAACCCAAGGUAUUGGGUCUGGUGUAUUGGGUUUUGUAAUGGGCGAGGGUUUAGUUAGUGGGUGUGGAUGGAUGGGUGGAGGAAUCGAUAAAUCUUCUAAUUAAUUAUAGGUAAAGAAAAGCGACCUGUUGAAGUCAAUAAAUGACAAACUGGGCAUACUAGAGUUGGUCAGUAAUGAUGUAAAAGAGUUGAAGGCUAGUCUUGAAAUGAGUGAUGGAAAAGCUGCGAUAAUGGAGAAAGAUACAAAAAAACUAAAAGAGACAGUCACUAAGAUAGAAACGGAUGUUAAGGAACUUAAAAAGGAGAAAAACUUUCUGAGAGAAGCCUUACUAGACAUGCAAACUAGAUCGAGGGGAGAAAAUAUAGUACUUACGGGUAUCUAGGAAAAAGAGGGAGAGGUAACCGAGACUAUUGUGAAGGACUUCUUUCUAACAGCGCUUCAAAUCCCACUCGAGGCUGUCGAUAAAAUCCAACUAGAACGUGUACACCAUUUCGGACAAAGAGGACAGAGAUAUGAGCGUCCAAUCGUUGCCAAAUUUGCUUUUUUUAAGGAUAAAGUAAUGGUUAAAAGCCUAGGUAAAAGACUUGCUGACACCAAAAUAGGAAUGAAUGAUCAGUUCCCGAGGGAGAUUGCAGAACGGCGCAAAGUUCUGUACCCAAUCUUCAAGGAAAAUAGAUUAAAAGGGAAGCGUGUUGCUCUCGUUGUCGAUAAACUGUAUAUUGACAACCGAAUGUACCGCGACACAAAGACUACUCCAUGGCUAUUCUGAAAGUUCUAAUAGAGGAGUCGAAUAAUGGAGCACCCAAUACUAGCCAUGGUAGGGAUUGUAAUAAUAAAGAACAUUUAUAGUAUGUAUAGUAUUUUAUAAAAGGACAAAACGGUAUUACAAGAAAAGAUAACAAGCAAAAUAAUACAUCUUCAAAUACAACUAAUUAGAACACAUGUACUCAAUCAACAUAGUGCAGAUAAAAACAUAGCGAACAGAAGACAUUGAAGGCACAGUAUGUGGGUGUUUGUGGAUGAAUUGUGAUGGAAGGUGUGGUGUGCGUUUUUGUGUUUGAAUAAGUGUGGCGUUAAGUGAGUGAGAAAGGAAAUGGUUGCAUAUCCCAGAACCAACGUGUGUCUGUGAGCAAUGGUUGUGAGAGAGAGCUUUCAAUUUUGUGCAGAUGAGGGAUAUACAUUUUAAAAUAUAGUAUACAUCUAAUCUAUUUUUUUAUUGUCCUAUCAUGAUGGAACGAUCCCCAACCCUAUAUCCUAGACACCCACCUGAGUGACCCAUACACCAAAGAGAAGUCCCCAUCUGUUUUAUGGACCUGCUGUGAGUUGCCUAUAUGCAGCCUAAACAGAAAAAGAAAUGCGGUCAGAGACCUACUUGAGCAGCACCGCCCCCUCAAGAUUCUGAGCCUGCCUGGCAGGGUUGGUCCUACAAAGCCAGAGCCCCCUGUUGGGAGAGCAUAAUAUACAAGAAAAUUCUCAAAGCUGCUAAUGAGGACCUUGACGACCUUGUAACUAGCCGGUGGGGAUUCCGGUGGGGUACCCCCACCCAGGUAGUGGCAGUGCUGGCAACACUGGCUGCAGUAACCCAUGGGGAGGGGGUCACACUCGGACAAUCAGAGAGGGGGCUUAUUAUUGUGGCCCAAAUGGCACAAAAUAAUCAAAGGUCUGACUGCACGGAGAUGCUUGGGAAAAAUGGUUACAACGGGGUACCAGAGUGUUUGUGUCUCAGGGGAAGAGGGUGGAUCUGAUCUCCAUCACCUAGGACUUGACAUAGAUUAAAUAGAUUAAUCAAAUCUCACAUUGUUGUCCAUUUUUGGUCAAUCUUGCAUGCUUUCUCAAACAGCUGUAACUGUAUAUGCAUUCGUAAAUCAGGUCCUUUCUUGAGUUGGGCUCUGGGAUGUAACAACCAUUGAGCAUCUGAUCUUAUGGUUGAUUGUGGAGGAAAGGGGUUGAGUGUGUUAGAGUAUGUGCGUGUAUGUUUAUCCCACAUCUGUUGCAAGGGGGUAAGGAUGUUAGGGAGAAUAUAGGAUGAACCACAAUAAUUGUUUGCUAAAAUAAUAAUUGCUUGUCAAAAAUGUAAUGUAAUACAAUGGCAAUCCGGGAUAUAGAUUAAAAUCCUACGCAUGAACUGCUGACAUUAUUACGCAUAUUAAUCGAAAAUGAUGGAAAAUAAGAUAUGCAAGAUAUAUGAAUGGAUAUAUAUUUUUAAAUAGCUAUAUAUAUAUAUUGAGGUGAGAGCAUUGGAAAUGCUUUUGGCGGUUGACCUGCUUCUGUUUUGUGGGUGGCACUGUGUGCUGUUUUCGAUGGAUGGGUCCUGGCCUCUCGGGGCCCUAGGGAUUCGGGGGGACGGGGGUGGUAUGCUGAACACUGGGAUGACGGCCCAACUUGGGAUGGGGAGGGGCUUUAGCGGGGGAAUUAGUGGAGAACAAUUGGAGGGUUACUUAGUAGCAAUGUAAAUAUCAUGGUUCGGCUAUAUGGACAGUCAAUCGCUAUGGUAUUUUUUAUUGGUACAUUUACAAACACAUAUAAUGAUAAUUAGAUUUGAAACUUGUAUCCCAUUAUGGUAUGUGGUGAAAUAAGUAUAGCCAGUUAUAAUUGUAAUGGCUUAGCAGAUAAUAACAAAAGAAGAACAAUAUUUACAUGCCUCCAAGAGAAGGAAUAUAAUAUCUAUUGUUUACAGGAAACUCAUUCAACAAUUCUAGAUGAAGUCGUGUGGAAAAAGGAAUGGGGGGGCGAAAUAUACUUCUCCCAUGGGCAAAAAAACUCAAAAGGGGUGAUGAUAUUAAUUAACAGUAAUUUUGAUCCGAAUGUGCAAAUUGUCCAAACAGAUACGCAAGGUAGAUGGAUUAUUUUAAAUAUGUUAUUGGACCAUAAACAGAUAUGGCUCAUUAACCUUUACGGACCAAAUAAUGAUGAUCCACACUUCUUUGACAAUAUUUACAGUCGUAUGAAAAAGUUUGGGCACCCCUGACAAUUUCCAUGAUUUCCAUUUAUAAAUAAUUGGGUGUUUGGAUCAGCAAUUUAAUUUUGAUCUAUCAAAUAACUGAUGGACACAGUAAUAUUUCAGUAGUGAAAUUAGGUUUAUUGGAUUAACAGAAAAUGUGCAAUAUGCAUCAAAACAAAAUUAGACAGGUGCAUAAAUGUGGGCACCCCAACAGAAAAAUCACAUCAAUAUUUAGUAGAGCCUCCUUUUGCUAAAAUAACAGCCUCUAGACGCUUCCUAUAGACUCUAAUGAGUGUCUGGAUUCUGGAUGAAGGUAUUUUGGACCAUUCCUCCUUACAAAACAUCUCCACUUCAGUUAGGUUUGAUGGUUGCCGAGCAUGGACAGCCCGCUUCAAAUCAUCCCACAGAUUCUCAAUGAUAUUCAGGUCUGGGGACUGGGAUGGCCAUUCCAGAACAUUACAUUUACAUUACAUUUACGUCAUUUAGCAGACGCUCUUAUCCAGAGCGACUUACAAAUUGGUGCAUUCACCUUAUAGCCAUUGGGACAACCACUUUACAAUCUGUUUUCUUUUUUUACUUCUUUUUUUUUUCUUUUUUUUUUGGGGGGGGGGGGGGGGGGUCGGGGGGGGGUAAGGGGGGGGGGGGGGGGGGGGGGGGGGGGGGGGGGGGGGUAGAAUGUUUACUUUAUCCUAUCCCAGGUAUUCCUUAAAGAGGUGGGGUUUCAAGUGUCUCCGGAAGGUGGUGAGUGACUCCGCUGUCCUGGCGUCGUGAGGGAGCUUGUUCCACCAUUGGGGUGCCAGAGCAGCGAACAGUUUUGACUGGGUUGAGCGGGAACUGUGCUUCCGCAGAGGUAGGGGGGCCAGCAGGCCAGAGGUGGAUGAACGCAAUGCCCUCGUUUGGGUGUAGGGACUGAUCAGAGCCUGAAGGUACGGAGGUGCCGUUCCCCUCACAGCUCCGUAGGCAAGCACCAUGGUCUUGUAGCAGAUGCAAGCUUCAACUGGAAGCCAGUGGAGUGUGCGGAAGAGCGGGGUGACGUGAGAGAACUUGGGAAGGUUGAACACCAGACGGUCUGCGGCAUUCUGGAUGAGUUGUAAGGGUUUAAUGGCACAGGCAGGGAGCCCAGCCAACAGCGAGUUGCAGUAAUCCAGACGGGAGGAGCGGGGUGACGUGAGAGAACUUGGGAAGGUUGAACACCAGACGGGCUGCGGCAUUCUGGAUGAGUUGUAGGGGUUUAAUGGCACAGGCAGGGAGCCCAGCCAACAGCGAGUUGCCUGGAUUAGGACCUGUGCCGCUUCCUGUGUAAGGCAGGGUCGUACUCUCCGAAUGUUGUAGAGCAUGAACCUACAGGAUAAGGUCACCGCCUUGAUGUUAGCGGAGAACGACAGGGUGUUGUCCAGCGUCACGCCAAGGCUCUUUGCACUCUGGGAGGAGGACACAACGGAGUUGUCAACCGUGAUGUACUUGUUCCUCUGCAUAAAUGCCCGGGUAGAUUUUGAGCAGUGUUUUGGGUCGUUGUCUUGUAGAAAUAUCCAGGCCCGGCGUAACUUCAACUUUGUGACUGAUUCUUCAACAUUAUUCCCAAGAAUCUGCUGAUAUUGAGUGGAAUCCAUGCAACCCUCAAUUUAAACAAGAUUCCCAGUACCGGCACUGGCCACACAGCCCCACAGCAUGAUAGAACCCCCACCAAAUUUUACUGUGGGUAGCAAGUGUUUUUCUUGGAACGCUGUGUUCUUUUGCCGCCAUGCAUAACGCCCCUUGUUAUGACCAAAUAACUCAAUCUUUGUUUCAUCAGUCCACAGCACCUUAUUCCAAAAUGAAGCUGGCUUGUCCAAAUGUGCGUUUGCAUACCUCAAGCGACUCUGUUUGUGGCGUGUGUGCAGAAAAGGCUUCUUCCGCAUCACUCUCCCGUACAGCUUCUCCUUGUGCAUAGUGCGCUGAAUUGUUGAACGAUGCACAGUGACACCAUCUGCAGCAAGAUUAUGUUGUAGGUCUUUGGAGGUGGUCUGUGAGCUGUUUUUGACCGUUCUCACCAUCCUUCGCCUUUGCCUCUUCGAUAUUUUACUUGUCCUGCCACUUCUGGGCUUAACAAGAACUGUGCCUGUGGUCUUCCAUUUCCUCACUAUGUUCCUCACAGUGGACACUGACAGCUUAGAUCUCUGCAAUAGCUUUUUGUAGCCUUCCCCUAAACCAUAAUGUUGAACAAUCUUUGUUUUCAGGUCAUUUGAGAGUUGUUUUGAGGCCCCCAUGUUGCCACUCUUCAGAGGAGAGUCAAAGAGAACAACAACUUGCAAUUGGCCACCUUAAAUACCUUUUCUCAUGAUUGGAUGCACUUGUCUAUGAAGUUCAAGGCUUAAUGAGCUCACCAAACCAAUUGUGUGUUCCAAUUAAUCAAUGCUAAGUAGUUACAGGUAUUCAAAUCAACAGAAUGACACGGGUGGCCAAAUUUUUGCGUAGCCUAUUUUUCACAUCUGAUUUAAUUUCAUACAACUUAAUAUUGCUACACUAAAAAUAUUUGUCUGGACAAUACCCCAGUACUCAGCUUUUAUUAGAAAAUGAAUGGCAUGCCACUGUGAUCAUUUUCUGUGACGACAGAGUAAAUUAUUAUGCAGCCUCAGAGGGGUGCCCAAACUUUUUCAUACGACUGUAUUGUGGUUAAACUCAAAUAUACUAAUUGAUAAAAAACCUUUAUUUUUUGACAAAAUGUUUAAAAAAGGUAUAAUCUUUGUAAAUUAUAUUAUCGGUAGGACUGGUGGAGUUAUGUCGCACAUGCAGCUAACGAAAACAUAUGGAAAUGUCUGCUCUACCCAAAAUUACAACCAAAUAAUUGCAGCAUUACCGCAAAAAUGGAAAAGGAAAGUGGAAGGGGGAAAAAGUAAGGAACUUGUCUGUCGGCCUUGCAUUAAAGAAUAUAAUUGGUUAAAGAAAAUUGUGAUAAAUAAAAAAGUAUACCAGUUUAAUUUAAGGACCAAAGGAUUGACAGCCGUCUCAUAUAGAUUGCAAAAUAGUUGGGAAGAGAUUUUUGACGUACCGAUUCCAUGGCAUAGUGUUUAUGAAUUGAUAAGCAAAACGACACUGGAUUCAAAACUUCUAAUUUUUCAAUUUAAAUUAUUAUAUAAAAUUCUUGCUACCAAUAGAAUGUUAUUUAUAUGGGGGAUACAAUCUUCCCAGCUCUGCAUAUCUUGCUGCGAAGAGACAGAAUCAUUAGAUCAUUUGUUUUGGUACUGUCCAUUUGUAGCUUGUUUUUGGACACAGGUCCAGGAAUGGCUAAAGGAUUGCAAUAUUUACCUGGAGCUAACCCUGCAGAUAGCACUACUGGGUGAUCUGAAAAGUCAUAGUCAAUCGAUCAAUUAUAUAAUAAUACUUUUUUCAAUUUACGAUCUGUAGAAACAAUGAGAAUAAAAAGGCUCAGAACUUUUGUAAAACAUCACAGUACAGUUGAAAAAUAUAUGGCAAAUAGAAAUCCAAUAUGGAUGGUGUUAAGAGAUAGAUGGGAGGUGUUGAAUGGAGCUGAAGGAUGGGACUAAUAACAACAACUAAUAACAACAAGAUAACUAAUGUAAAGCAUACUGUGUCCAUAAUAAGUAUAUAGGUUAUAGGUUGAGAGCUUUUGUGAAAGAGCACAGUUAGAAAAAUAUGGCAUAUACAGUGAGGGAAAAAAGUAUUUAAUCCCCUGCUGAUUUUGUUUGCCCACUGACAAAGAAAUGAUCAGUCUAUAAUUUUAAUGGUAGGUUUAUUUGAACAGUGAGAGACAGAAUAACAACAAAAAAAUCCAGAAAAACGCAUGUCAAAAAUGUUAUAAAUUGAUUUGCAUUUUAAUGAGGGAUAUAAGUAUUUGACCCCCUCUCAAUCAGAAAGAUAUCUGGCUCCCAGGUGUCUUUUAUACAGGUAACGAGCUGAGAUUAGGAGCACACUCUUAAAGGGAGUGCUCCUAAUCUCAGUUUGUUACUUGAAUAAAAGACACAUGUCCACAGAAGCAAUCAAUCAAUCAGAUUCCAAACUCUCCACCAUGGCCAAGACCAAAGAGCUCUCCAAGGAUGUCAGGGACAAGAUUGUAGACCUACACAAGGCUGGAAUGGGCUACAAGACCAUCGCCAAGCAGCUUGGUGAGAAGGUGACAACCAUUGGUGCGAUUAUUUGCAAAUGGAAAAAACACAAAAGAACUGUCAAUCUCCUUCCGCCUGGGGCUCCAUGCAAGAUCUCACUUCGUGGAGUUGCAAUGAUCAUGAGAACGGUGAGGAAUCAGCCCAGAACUACACGGGAGGAUCUUGUCAAUGAUCUCAAGGCAGCUGGGACCAUAGUCACCAAGAAAACAAUUGGUAACACACUACGCCGUGAAGAACUGAAAUCCUGCAGCGCCCGCAAGGUCCCCCUGCUCAAGAAAGCACAUAUACAAGGCCGUCUGAAGUUUGCCAAUGAACAUCUGAAUGAUUUAGAGGAGAACUGGGGGAAAGUGUUGUGGUCAGAUGAGACCAAAAUCGAGCUCUUUGGCAUCAACUCAACUCGCCGUGUUUGGAGGAGGAGGAAUGCUGCCUAUGACCCCAAGAACACCAUCCCCACCGUCAAACAUGGAGGUGGAAACAUUAUGCUUUGGGGGUGUUUUUCUGCUAAGGGGACAGGACAACUUCACCGCAUCAAAGGGACGAUGGACGGGGCCAUGUACCGUCAAAUCUUGGGUGAGAACCUCCUUCCCUCAGCCAGCGCAUUGAAAAUGGGUCGUGGAUGGGUAUUCCAGCAUGACAAUGACCCAAAACACACGGCCAAGGCAACAAAGGAGUGGCUCAAAAAGAAGCACAUUAAGGUCCUGGAAUGGUCUAGCCAGUCUCCAGACCUUAAUCCCAUAGAAAAUCUGUGGAGGGAGCUGAAGGUUUGAGUUGCCAAACGUCAGCCUCGAAACCUUAAUGACUUGGAGAAGAUCUGCAAAGAGGAGUGGGACAAAAUCCCUCCUGAGAUGUGUGCAAACCUGGUGGCCAACUACAAGAAACGUCUGACCUCUGUGAUUGCCAACAAGGGUUUUGCCACCAAGUACUAAGUCAUGUUUUGCAGAGGGGUCAAAUACUUAUUUCCCUCAUUAAAAUGCUAAUCAAUUUAUAACAUUUUUGACAUGCGUUUUUCUGGAUUUUUAUGUUGUUAUUCUGUCUCUCACUGUUCAAAUAAACCUACCAUUAAAAUUAUAGACUGAUCAUGUCUUUGUCAGUGGGCAAACGUACAAAAUCAGCAGGCGAUCAAAUACUUUUUUCCCUCACUGUAGAAGCAAACCAGAUGGACAUCAUGAAAAUGAUCAGAGGAAGUUCAGGAGUAAAAACAAACAAAAUAUAAUUAUUGUAGAAUUUGACUGUGUCCAUAAAAUGUAUAUAGUAUGUAUGGGCUGGAAGUAGAGGCCUAAGCAUUGUUGUUCACUAGUUUACUCCAAUUGGGGAAGGGGUGGUGGGGUUGGAAAGUAAUGAAGGGAAAUAUAAUUUAAAAAAGGAUAUGUGUGUGUGUAUGGAUGUAUGUACAGUGGGGAAAAAAAGUAUUUAGUCAGCCACCAAUUGUGCAAGUUCUCCCACUUAAAAAGAUGAGAGAGGCCUGUAAUGUUCAUCAUAGGUACACGUCAACUAUGACAGACAAAAUGACAAUUUUUUUCUCCAGAAGAUCACAUUGUAGGAUUUUUAAUGAAUUUAUUUUUCAAAUUAUGGUGGAAAAUAAGUAUUUGGUCACCUACAAACAAGCAAGAUUUCUGGCCCUCACAGACCUGUAACUUCUUCUUUAAGAGGCUCCUCUGUCCUCCACUCAUUACCUGUAUUAAUGGCACCUGUUUGAACUUGUUAUCAGUAUAAAAGACACCUGUCCACAACCUCAAACAGUCACACUCCAAACUCCACUAUGGCCAAGACCAAAGAGCUGUCAAAGGACACCAGAAACAAAAUUGUAGACCUGCACCAGGCUGGGAAGACUGAAUCUGCAAUAGGUAAGCAGCUUGGUUUGAAGAAAUCAACUGUGGGAGCAAUUAUUAGGAAAUGGAAGACAUACAAGACCACUGAUAAUCUCCCUCGAUCUGGGGCUCUACGCAAGAUCUCACACCGUGGGGUCAAAAUGAUCACAAGAACGGUGAGCAAAAAUCCCAGAACCACACAGGGGGACCUAGUGAAUGACCUGCAGAGAGCUGGGACCAAAGUAACAAAGCCUACCAUCAGUAACACACUACGCCACCAGGGACUCAAAUCCUGCAGUGCCAGACGUGUCCCCCUGCUUAAGCCAGUACAUGUCCAGGCCCGUCUGAAGUUUGCUAGAGUGCAUUUGGAUGAUCCAGAAGAGGAUUGGGAGAAUGUCAUAUGGUCAUUUGGUAAAAACUCAACUCGUCGUGUUUGGAGGACAAAGAAUGCUGAGUUGCAUCCAAAGAACACCAUACCUACUGUGAAGCAUGGGGUUGGAAACAUCAUGCUUUGGGGCUGUUUUUCUGCAAAGGGACCAGGACGACUGAUCCGUGUAAAGGAAAGAAUGAAUGGGGCCAUGUAUCGUGAGAUUUUGAGUGAAAACCUCCUUCCAUCAGCAAGGGCAUUGAAGAUGAAACGUGGCUGGGUCUUUCAGCAUGACAAUGAUCCCAAACACACCGCCCGGGCAACGAAGGAGUGGCUUCGUAAGAAGCAUUUCAAGGUACUGGAGUGGCCUAGCCAGUCUCCAGAUCUCAACCCAAUAGAAAAUCUUUGGAGGGAGUUGAAAGUCUGUGUUGCCCAGCGACAGCCCCAAAACAUCACUGCUCUAGAGGAGAUCUGCAUGGAGGAAUGGGCCAAAAUACCAGCAACAGUGUGUGAAAACCUUGUGAAGACUUACAGAAAACGUUUGACCUGUGUCAUUGCCAACAAAGGGUAUAUAACAAAGUAUUGAGAAACUUUUGUUAUUGACCAAAUACUUAUUUUCCACCAUAAUUUGCAAAUAAAGUCAUAAAAAAUCCUACAAUGUGAUUUUCUGGAUUUUUUUAUGAUGAAAAUUACAGGCCUCUCUCAUCUUUUUAAGUGGGAGAACUUGCACAAUUGGUGGCUGACUAAAUACUUUUUCCCCCACUGUAUAUAUGUAUGUAUGUAUGUAUAUAUAUGUGUGUGUAUGUAUGUGUAUAUGUAUGUAUAUGUAUGUAUGUAUGUAUGUAUGUAUGUAUAUAUAUGUAUAUAUAUGUGUAUGUAUGUAUAUGUAUAUAUAUAUAUAUAUAUAUAUAUGUAUCAAUAAAAUACAAAUAAACAUAUGGGGGAUUGGAAGUGUUGCAGACAAUUACAUUGAUGGAAGAUACAAUCUAUCUGAAAUAUUAAAGCUGAUAUACUUUUGCCCAAAAAGGAUUAAAGAAGUGCAACGCUAUUAGGACCUUCUCCUCAAUAAAUAUUAAAGACAGUCAUGAUUAAAUAUGGUAUCAGUUUCAAACCCACAUCCUGUACGUACAGUACUACUUACAGAGAUAUACGUACAGGUUUCUGAGGAAUAAGGGUUCAUUUGAGUAUGCUCACAGUUCUUACCCAGGUGACUGCUAGUGAUCAAUGCUCUGUUGAUUUGCUAUCUGACUCCUUGAUCUCAAUGGCCAGGUUGAAACUGUUGCGUAUGCAUUACAGGAAUGUAUUUAUUUCUGAAUCAUAGGUGUUCUCUGACGCACAACUUUGAUCGGGACUUUCUGUGGGGAUACUGUGCACUUGUGACCACUCAACCCAGUGGUAAGAGGUCGUUUCUGUAGAAACUGUGGACUUCAUGGUCUACAAAGUCUAUGUUGUCUCUGUGUAUGUAUCUAAUAAUAUCUUAAAUACACAUUUCCUGCUAUUUACAGUAGUGUUAUGCAUAAGCAUUGACUAUUUUUUAAUCACUCUGAAUCUUAGUGCAUUUUCCAAAUGUUCUCUUACAGCUUUAAAGCUAAUCACGCCAAAAUUGGUAUAUACUAAAUUAUAUUCUGAUGUUACUGAUGUACUAUGCUGUUUCUUACUAAUGUUUUCACUAAUAUAGUUCCUUGUGUAUUUGUUUGAUGUGUUUUAGUGUUCGUCCACUCAUCACGCAGAUUUACAGACCUGUGUCGGGUGAAUCCAUGUCAAAAUGGCGGCAUUUGCACUCUGGUCCCCCACAGACGCUCCUUUGAGUGCUCCUGUCCAGAAAGCUUCACCGGGAGGCACUGUGAUCAGAGUGAGUCACUCACUAUCAUACAUUCUAUAUGGACUUGUGUUUCAAAGCAGUUUCAAUGAAACUGAAGCAGUUAUACAUUCAGCUUAGAGUCAAUUGCCAAUGGGGUUUAACUCUAAAUUUAGAGGUGUGGAGGUGGUAGAGAAACUGUCUACCCUUUUGAAAAAUAGUGCAUUGACCCAUAUCUUGCUCUUCACAGUGCCAAACACAAACGAUGCCCCCUAACGCCUCACUGACCUGUUCCCUUCCUCCUCUCACAUUUCACCCAACUACCUUUUAUCUCUCUGUUCUCCCCUUUGUCAGGGAAGUGCUAUGAAACCAUACACCUGAGAUAUUAUGACAUCGGAGAAUCCUGGGGAAGGAUCCACCUCCGUAAUGUGGAACGGUGCACAUGUGUGGACGGGGAGAUCUCCUGUGAGAGAGUCCGCUAUACCAGUACGAGUCAUGCUUUCUUUGAUCCUUUGUUGCUUUAGCCACUCCUUGCCAUGUUUUUUUUUUCUUGUUAUCUUUUGUUAAAAAUGCGAGUGGAACCUUAGACUUGAUGAGGUGUUGUCUCUUGGCAGGGGAAUGGGUCCCUGAAUGGGCCCCCGAGGAGCCCCUAAAACCUUUGGAGUAUGAGGGCUUCUCUAGUAAAUCUCUGUCUCAAUUCCGCCCAUCCCGACAUUCCUCAAUCUCCCACACCUCUCAGAUGAUCAGGCUUUAGUCUCGGCUGUGUUGCCAAGCAUCACACUGUUUUCUCAAUGCCUUAAUGGUUGGGGGCGGUUUGGGCGAGGCUAUCAGGUCUUGAGAAACCCUCUGAACUCCCACUCUCCUUUUAAGGCCCCUCAGAACGCAUGUGAGAAACCUCCCAGCCAAAAAACAAAUCACCUCAUGUUUGUUCCUGUAGAGCAGGGAUGGGCAACUUUGAUAGGGGUGGGGGCCACAAAAAAACUGAAGUCAUCAUGAGGGGCUGCGUACCACCCCCCACCUUGCAAGCAAAACAUUUUAGCGGCACCCCUCGUGACAGCAAAGAUAAAACAUUUUAGUUUUAAAGUUAAUUUCCUGCAAUUCUGCAUAUUUUGCCAUGGGGCGUAGAGAAAAUGUUGCCGUUUUAAAGCAAGUUUGCUGCAAUUCUACACAUUUUGCCAUGGGGCAGAGAGAUUUUGCAAUUUUAUAACUAAUUUCAUGCAAUUCUACUCUUUUUUCCAUGGGGUGGAGAGAAAAUGUUGCAGUUUUAAUGCUAAUUUCCUGCAAUUCUACCCAUUUUGCCAUAGGGUGGAGGCAAAUGUUUGUAGUUUGAUAACUGAUGAUAAAUGGGCCCCACCCCGGUCGGCAAUUCGACCAUGCUUCCUACAAGUUUAGAUAGCAGGCCGUUAGACUAACUUACCAAUCUAAAACAAUUUAGCUGACAUGGGCUAAUUGAGUGACUGCUGAUGCACAAUCAAAUUUCGAAAUUGCACCUUGUGUAUUCUAUUAUUCUAACUCUCAACAGUAAAUUGAGACCCCGACAAUUGGUCCGUGGGCCUACAAAAGGGGGGCCGCCAGUUGCCCAUCCCUGCUAUAGAGACACCAAAAGCAGGGUUGGCCUUCUCUUAGAUUCUACUCUCCAUGGUUACAAGUGUAACCUUGCUGUAGAUGAAAAGACAGAUUACAUGACUCAACGUGACUCAGGAGCAGAGUUUGGGACACGCCCAAAUCUCGCUGAAGGGGCUUUCAUCUCAAUGGGGGACGUUUUACGGGACUUGCUCUUACAAAAGAGAAAGGCACUUUGGAGAGCACGUUAGACCGAAACCUGUUUUAUCAUGGUAUGAAUGAUUUGUAUAAGGUUAUGCAAACAAAUUGAAUUUUGCGCUACCAUUUACUGGCAGAACUUCCCCUUCAUCUAGUUUGGUACAGGAGGACUUGCGUUUUCCUGCCCCCACCUUCCCAGCCUGUUAUGUAGGCUUUUCCCACUCAUACUGUCCCCACAAGGCCACACCAAGAACUACAAGUCAAAUCAGACAACUACACCGGUGUCUGUGUUUGUGAAUGCAUUUCUCCCACUCUACUUUUGCAACCCUGAACCAUAAGUGCUCUAAUGUAGGUAGUCUACUGCUUCAUAUUUGUUUUGGUCCAAGUUAACACCCUUAAAGCACUGAUGCAAGACCAGCUCCUGUAUUUAUCAUGCAAUGGUGGGAGGCAGGAAAUGGGAGGUAGGAACUGAUCCCAGUGCUGUGGUUUGUCAUAAUGUAAUAUACCUGAUGUAGUGUGUAACUGUCCUCAGUCUGCAGUGAGAACCCCUGUGAGAACGAUGGUACGUGCCGACUCAUCACAGCCACCAGGGAGGAGGUGUGUGCCUGCAGGCCUGGCUACAGUGGACCCUACUGUAGCAUCGGUUAGUCCAACCGCUACAUGCUAACCCAGUUACAUUUACAUUGCUAGCUUAGCCUAGCUUAGCAUAGCUUUAACUUAACAUUACUAGUCUGAGCCAGAGGUCAUUCACUGAGAUUGAGAAUAGAUUUUAUUAUGUUUAUCUUACUCUGUGGCUACAUGUAGACUAUAUACAUUUAGAUAUUCCAAAAUAAAGCAAACUGAUAGUCACGCACACGCUCUCAUAAACAAACAAUUAAACACAGGAAACGGUGAUAAACGUACUUUCUCAUCCCUCACAUCUCUUGUUGUUCAGCUCCAGAGGCAGAGUGCUAUGACAACAAGGGCACAGACUACCGUGGCGUGGUGGGCACCACCGUCUCUGGUGCCCGCUGUCUGCCGUGGAACUCUGACCUGCUACAUGAUGAGCUCCACAUGGGCACUGUGGAGAGCGCCACCCUCAGGGGCUUGGGGGAACACUCCUACUGCAGGUGUGUGUGUGUAGAAUUAUGUAGUCUUUAUUUCCAACCAAUCUGGCAACCCAAAACAGAAGUGUAAGUCUGUCUAUGCUUCAUGCCACCGCUAUCACAGCACUAUCAUUCUACUUCCCCCUAUCUGUCUGUCUGGUUUUGAUGGUGAUAUGGUCAUUCUACCAGGUACAGCCAGAGGAGAGACUUCCCCCUCUGACUCUGGUUCUUCUUGAACAGUGUGCAUGGUGUAUUUCAGUGGUAUUCAAACUUUUUCAGCAGAGACCCCCUUUUUUCCUCAAGAUUUUCUGGCGACCCCACCCCACCCCAAAUAUAAUGACACAACCUUUAAAAUCUGUAUACUUAUCAAAAUGAAAAGAAACCAAUAAAUACAUUUACUCAAUAAAAUUAUAUUUUUCAAAUUAUCUUUCUCAAAACGUUUGAAUAUUGUCCCAUACAAUAAUCUGUACUCUGAAUGUUUUGUUCCUAAAAAAAAAGACAUUUUUUUGUUGUUGUUGUGAGAACGAUGGUACAUGCGACCCCACUGCAAUUUUGUCGCGACCCCGACUUUGAAUACCACUGCUCUCGAGGUUUCUUCCAUCUUGGGAUUUUUCCCUUGGCACUGUCACGACUUCCUCCGAAGCUGCCUCCUCUCCUUGUUCGGGAGGCUUCGGUGUUCGUCAUCACCGGCUUUCUAGCCACUGCCGCUCCUCAUCUCAUCAUUCCAUUUGUUUUGUCUUGUCUAUUACACACACCUGGUUCAUAUCCCCUCAUUAGUAUGUGUAUAAGUGUUCCCUCUGCCCCCUUGUCCUUGUGAGUGAUUGUUUAAUGUGAGGAGAGAGUAGCUCGGUUGAGCUAUGUGUAUUUUGUAUUUGCCGGGGUAUAUUUUCCCAGUGUGCCUGUUUUGUUCCAGUGCGCUACUCUCUCCUCACAUUAAACAAUCACCCACAAGGGCAGAGGGAACACUUAUACACAUACUAAUGAGGGGAUAUGAACUGGUUGACGCUAUCCAGCGUAACUCUGUACUACGGAAUAAACUCUGUAUUCUGUGAUUUACCCUCCUGCGCCUGACCUAUCACAGGCACUGUGUUUAUGCUUGCUCUUUUGGGGUCCUGGCCGGGUUACUGUAAAGUGGGUCAUAACACCAGCAUAACAUGUCCACUGUCCAGAAACCCAGACGGGGACAGGAUGCCGUGGUGCUACACCCUCAACGACAGAGCCAUCUCCUGGGAGAACUGUGACGUUCCGUCUUGUGUCAUGCGUUUAUGUGAGUAACGUGAGUGCUAUACAGGGGGCGUCAUGAAAGCAGUGUUUGUUUUUUUAGCUGCUACACUGGAGGCUUAAUUAUUCCCAGCGUGAAACACUUUAUCAAGUGUUCUCGGGCGUGAGCUGCGUGUCGAAAUCUUGAAAAUAGAACCAGAGCGUUAUUUUACGCUGAGCUGAGCAAGCUUCUGACAGAGCAGCACUACUUACGCCCAGGUUUCUUUGAAAACAAUGGGAGUGUUGUCAUGCUUGGCAAACGUUAUGUGUCCAGUGUAACAGGCCUGUAAGGGGCACUGGAUAAGCUGGUUGACACUGGAAAAAAGUGAGUGGGGUAUGGGAACAUGCUCCCAAGGGGGGCCAAAUGUGAGGUUUUCCAAAUCUAUAUUAUUCUUUGAGUGAGAUUGAUCGUCAUGACAAUUUGCCACUGUACUCAUCUGGUCAUUUUGAGAAAUGCCCUUGUCAUCUCACUAUGAAUAACCUUGUUAGAUGACUCCAUUUAAAGGAUUGAUUGAUUAUACCUUUGUGGUUAAAGUUUACAUUAGAAAAUAGAGUUGGGUUAAAUGAAUCUGAUACAAAUUAUAGAGCUCAGCGAGUCUCUCUGAUCCGUGAGGGGCUUUAUCCUUGAUUGAGGGUGAAAUAUGCAUUUGUCAGUCUUCAAUUUGCACUCCCUUAAAACCUUUAGGGGAGAGUGGAAUAAAUUGAGCCACGUUGAGCCAUCCUUGUUUCUAGGAAACCACACACAAAAUGUAUAAUUUGACCAAAUAUUUAGGAAUAGGUCAUCAUUUCAUGGAGUCUGUGAAGGAAGAAAGCACAUGGAAAAAGUGGUAUGCAAGUUAGGUAAAAACAUAAAAUAAUCAACAAGUCAAAUGAAUUUAUUGUGUUUCAUGAUACUUGUAUCUAAACCAAAGUAUCUAGAUAAUUUUUGUAGAUAAUGCUAACUUGUUAUUUACAUCAGUUGGUGUCUAUAAACUUCAAUAUGAGGUCCUAAACCUAGCAUGAAAGUGUAUCCUUGUAGCUGUGUGAGUUAAUAUAAUCAAAACGUUUGCCUUGGGGUAAAUGGCCAUCAGGUAAGUUGAGCCAAUGGCAAGUUGAGACUAAUUGAAAUGUUUUCUUCCCAGGAGUAAUGCAAGGCAUUAUCGCUGGGAUAUGAGGUAAUAACAGGGCCUGGCCUAUGUCAAAAGUGUUUUAAAAAGUACAAAGUGUUUGUUAGGUCUUAAUCCUCUAUUAAAAUAUGCUUAAAAUAAUUAAAAGACAAACAAGUGAUCGUGGUUGUGUUGAAUUGUGUUUGGGAAAUAAAGAUAGACAUGUUUUUUAAAAUGUAGUGGUAAUAUUUCAUUCAGUACAUCAAUUUGUAGGCGGCUUAACUUACCCUGUCCCGCGGCUAAAUUUACCCCAUAAGUUGUGCCAAGAGACCACUUUUUUGGGAAAAGCUAUGCUUUCAAAACUGUAAUGUUUACAUGAAUUCUGAUUAUUUCCAGGGAUACACAACAUCCUGAAAUAUAUGUAGGUAUCUUUGUUAGAAUGAAUACAAUAUUUCCCUUGAGGGAAUGAUGCUGAAUGUAAAAAAUGGCUCAACUUACCCCACUUUCCCCUACUGUAUUAUAAUGAGUUAUAUUAGUGAUGGCCCUAUUAGUGAUAAAAAUAAGAUUCUUGGAAUUAUACUACACUUACCUUUCCUGUGCCACUCAGAAGAGAAUGCUAACUUGACACAGGUACUGUUGGAAUAGAAAGUCAGAAUAGUAAUUUGACACAGGUAGCCUAUUGUUUGAAUAGAAAGGUAGUCAGAAUAGUUAAGAAAAAUGUGUAAGUUAAGAUAAGGAAAUUGAGUAUCACUCAGAAUCAACGUGUCAAGUCAAGUGCCAAAUGCUUUUGCAGUAACUCGGCCAACCUGGCUCGGUAAUAUCGAUGUCAUGAUGUCGUGGGUAUGCACAGAAAGCAAAACAUUUUUGUCCAACUGCUAUUUCACCAAUUCAUUGAAUGAUAAUUGUUGGGUGGCAAAUGGUAUGCUAUGCUGAAUUUCUGUCAAUACGUUAUUGGGAUUAUUUUCAAUACUUCAUAUGAAACAGUUAUAUUUGUUGCUUGUCUUUUCAGGGGGAAAUGAGCCACUGGUAAAGUCCAAAAUGAUAAGAAGAGGUACCCUUAGCAGCCUUGGAUGUAGCGAUUAACUGUAUUUAGCUACUUAGCAGCCUUGGAUAUAGCGAUUAACGGUAUUUAGCUACUUAGCUGCCUUGGAUGUAGCGAUUAACUGUAUUUAGCUACUUAGCUGCCUUGGAUGUAGCGAUUAACUGUAUUUAGCUACUUAGCUGCCUUGGAUGUAGCGAUUAACUGUAUUUAGCCCAGUUACUCCAAUUGUGGGUGCAUGCUGGUAGGUAGUAGUAAUAAGCCUAGUAGCAGCAGUAGUAGUAGUUCUAGUACGACUAGUAGUAGUAGUAGCAGUAGUAGCACUACUACUAGUAGUAGUUUAGUAGUACAGGUUUAUGACUAGUAUUACCCUAUCACAUGUUGACAAUGAAAUCAGUGCUCUUCACAGUGAAUGUGAACUGAUUUGAAAGGAAGCCCUUCUAAACUUAAAUAUGCACUAUGCAGAAAUCGCUCCCCCAUUUCCUGGUUGCUAAAAGUCUAAUAGUUUGCCUAAUUUCAGUUUAUGUGACAAAUUAAGCAAGUAUAGUGUAGAGAAUCAUUGUACCAACUAGACUGCUGUGGAAUAUAUUUUCCAUAACCGAAAAUAUUGUAUUUUCAGCUGUUUGAAGCUGGUGUACAAAAAUGAAAUUAAAAGAUGCAAAAAUGAAACUUAAGAACGGGAAGCAUAGAAAUAGGGCUCAUGUACGGCUUCUUAGACUUGCUUUCAAUGAUCAUUUAUAUGUGAAUUUGGUCAUUCCAGAUUUGUAUGAAAUAUGACCUACAGUGCCUUCAGAAAGUAUUCAAACCCAUUGACUUUUUAAAAAUGUUGUGGUUACAGCCUGAAUUUAAAAUGGAUUAAAUUGAGAUUUUUUUGGUCACUGGUCUACACACAAUAUCACAUAAUGUCAAAGUGGAAUCAUAUUUUUACAAAUUAAUAAAAAAUGAGAAGCUGAAAAGUCUUGAGUUAAAAUAUUAAAGCGAAUAGACCACUGAUUGGCCAGCUCACCUCCUCUAUACCGCUGAUUGGCCAGCUCAUCCUCCUCUAUACCGCUGAUUGGCCAACUCAUCCUCCUCUAUACCGCUGAUUGGCCAGCUCAUCCUCCUCUAUACCGCUGAUUGGCCAGCUCAUCCUCUAUACCGCUGAUUGGCCAGCUCAUUAUCCUCUAUACCGCUGAUUGGCCAGCUCAUUAUCCUCAGGAGUAUAACAUCAUACUCUACAAGGAAAUAGCAAGCAUUUGUGAAACGGUCUGUUUGAGUUUCAAGUUUGAGGUGGGAGUGUUUUUUCUCCAAAUUAUGCUUUGGCCACAAAUACGAGUAUAGGACAACAUUAUUUGGGUAUGAGUUAACAGAAUACAAACUUUUAAAAGUGAGAUUUUCACUGGACAGUUACUUUAAGUCUGCUUCCCUGUUCCCUCACAUAGCUUCUUCACGGAGAGUGGUACCGGUGCCACUGCCGCCACCUAACGUCCUCCCUGACACCAACCAAACGAACGACGCCAAGCCAGCCAAGAAGCCUGUGUGUGGGAAGAGGCAUAAGAAGAGGAUAUCGGUGGCCAGGGGUCGCAUCCUGGGUGGCAGCUCUGCCCUGCCCGGUACCCAUCCCUGGAUGGCAGCCCUCUACAUAGGAGAUGACAGCUUCUGCGCGGGCACCUUGGUCUCGUCCUGCUGGGUGGUCUCUGCCGCACACUGCUUCUUUCGCAGGUACUGUAGAAUUAGAGGAUAUAGACAGACACUACACUACUACUUGGAGCAUCCAUUUGUGUUGAUUAUGUCAUCACCUAUUUGUAUUUUAUGCCACUAUGAGUCAGUUCACUGUGGAACGGGUUGUGAUGAGAAUGGGAUUGGCAGUAGCUAGUAAGCCGGUGACGACGAACGCCGAAACCUGCCCGAACAAGGAGGGGAGGCAGCCUCGGCGGAAGUCGUGACAGUACCCCCCACCUUGACGCGCGGCUCCAGCAGUGCGCCGACCCCUGCCUCGGGGACGGCCAGGAGGACGCGGAGCAGGGCGAGUUGGAUGGCGACGGUGGAAACCCCUCAACAGGGAGGGAUCGAGGAUGUCCCUCUUUGGGACCCAGCACCGUUCCUCCGGACCGUACCCCUCCCACUCCACGAGAUACUGAAGGCCCCCCACCCGACGCCUCGAAUCCAGUAUGGAACGGACCGAGUACGCCGGGGCCCCCUCGAUGUCCAGAGGAGGUGGAGGAACCUCCCGCACCUCAGACUCCUGGAGUGGACCAGCUAGCACCGGCCUGAGGAGAGACACAUGAAACGAGGGGUAAUCAGGGGGGAGUAACAACCUCAGGACUUUAAACGGCCCCACAAACCGCAGGCUCAGCUUCCGGCAGGGCAGGUAGAGAGGUAGAUUCCGGGUCGAGAGCCAGACCCGAUCCCCCGGUACAAAAACCGGGGCCUCCCUGCGGUUGUGGUCAGCGUUCGCCUUCUGACGACACAUGGCGCGCUGGAGGCGAACGUGGGCAGCGUCCCAAGUCUCCUCCGCGCGCCGAAACCAGUCAUCCACCGCAGGAGCCUCGGUCUGGCUCUGGUGCCACGGUGCCAGGACCGGUUGGUAACCCAAAACACAUUGGAAGGGUGUUAGGUUAGUGGAGGAGUGGCGGAGAGAGUUCUGCCCAUGGCAGGAACACCGACCACUCCCCCGGCCGGUCCUGACUAUAGGUCCGCAGGAACCUACCCACAUCUUGAUUCACCCUUUCCACCUGCCCAUUACUCUCGGGGUGAAAUACAGAGGUCAGGCUGACCGAGACCCCCAGACGUUCCAUGAACACCUUCCAGACUCUAGACGUGAACUGGGGACCUCGGUCGGACACUAUAUCCUCUGGUACUCCGUAGAGCCGGAAGACAUGAGUAAACAGAGCCUACGCAGUUUGUAGGGCCGUGGGGAGACCGGGCAGAGGAAGGAGGCGGCAGGACUUCGAAAAGCGAUCCACAACGACCAGGAUAGUGGUGUUACCUUGGGAGGGGGGAAGAUCAGUAAGAAAACCAAUACUAAGGUGAGACCAUGGUCAUUGUGGAAUUGGUAAAGGUUGUAGCUUACCCGCUUGGAGGUGCCUAGGUGCCUUACUCUGGGUGCACACUGAGCAGGAGGAAACAUACACCCUCACGUCCUUAGCCAAGGUAGGCCACCAGUGCUUCUCGGUCAGGCAGCGCAUUGUACGACCGAUACCUGGAUGACCCGAGGAGGGUCACACGUGUGCCCAGUAGAUCAGACAAUCACAGAUAAGCGUAGGCACGUACUGCAGCCCAUCUGGACACUGUGGUGGAGAUGGAUCUGUGCAUAAUGCCUGCGCUAUAUCCGCGUUCAUCGCCCAUACUACCGGCGCCACAAUGCCUGAGGCCGGGAGUAUGGGGGUGUUGUCUCUGGGCCUCUCCUCUGUGUCAUACAGCUGAGACAGUGCGUCUGCCUUCACGUUCUUCGUACCCGGAAUGUAUGAGAGUGUGAAAUCAAACCGGGUGAAGAAGAGGGCCCACCUGGCCUGGCGAGGAUUCAGCCUCCUCGCUGCCCGAAUGUUCUCCAGGUUAUGGUGGUCUGUCCAGACGAGGAAAGGGUGUUUCGUCCCUUCGAGCCAAUGCCUCCACACCGUCAAAGCUCGGACAACAGCCAGCAGCUCCCGAUCACCAACGCCGUAGUUCUGCUCCGCCGAGCUCAGCCUCUUCGAAAAGAAGGCACAGGGGCGGAGCUUGGGUGGCGUGCCCGAGCGUUGAGAUAAGACAGCGCCUAUCCCUACCUCGGACGCAUCCACCUCUACUACGAACGGUAGUGAUGGGUCGGGGUGAGCCAGUACCGGGGCGGAUGUGAAUAGAUCCCGCAAUCUACUGAAGGCCAAAUCAGCCUCAGCAGACCAACAGAGCCGGGACGGCCCACCCUUCAACAAGGAGGUAAUGGGAGCUGCGACCUUGCCAAAGCCCCGAAUAAACCUCCGAUAGUAGUUGGCAAAGUCAAGGAAGCGCUGCACCUCCUUCACCGUGGUUGGAGUCGGCCAAUUACGCACGGCUGAAAUGCGAUCUCCCUCCAUCUCCACACCUGUGGUAGUAAUGCGGUAUCUGAGGAAGGAGAUUGACUGCUGGUAAAACUCACACUUCUCUGCCUUGGCAUAAAUAUUAUUUUCCAGCAGUCGGACCAGUACCUUGCGAGUCAGGGACACAUGCUCGGCGUGCGUAGAGGAAUACACCAGGAUGUCAUCGAUGUAGACCACCAUACCGCGACCAAGCAUGUCCCGAAACACCUCGUUCACAAAGGAUUGGAAAACGGAUGGAGCAUUCAUCAAACCGUAGGGCAUCACCAGGUAUUCAUAAUGCCCUGAGGUUGUGCUGAAUGCUGUUUUCCACUCAUCCCCUUCCCCGAAUACGCACCAGGUUGUAGGCACUCCUGAGGUCUAAUUUGGUGAAAAAACGGGCCCCAUGCAUUGACUCAAUCACUGAAGGAAUGAGGGGAAGAGGAUAACUAAAUCGUACCGUCACCUUAUUCAGUGGUUAACAAUCAAGGUGUAAACCGCUAUCUUUCUUCUUCACAAAGAAGAAACUAGAGGAAGCAGGUGAAGUGGAGGGAUGUAUAUACCCCUGGCGCGGUCCCUCGGUGAUGUAUGUUUCCAUAGCCUCCAUUUCAGCCUGCGACAGGGGAUAUACAUGUCUCCUGGGAGGUACAGCGUCUACCCGAAGGUUUAUCGCGCAAUCCCCCUCCCGAUGAGGUGGUAAUUUAGUCGCUUGUGUCUUGGAAAACGCGAGCACCAGAUCAUGGUAUUCGGGGGGAAUGCGCACGGUGGGAGUACCGUCUGGACUUUCCACCAUGGUCGCACCAACGGAAACACCUAGACACCUACCCGGGCACUCCCUCGACCACCCCGUAAGAACCCUCUGCGGCCAUGAAAAAUUGGGGUUGGGGAAGGGCUAACCACGGAAUACCUAAGACUACAGGGUAAGCAGGAGACUCAAUAAUCAAAAAGGUGAUCUGCUCAACAUGUGUCUCCUGUGUAAUCAUGGUGACUGGUACAGUAAGCUCCUUAACCAACCCGGACCCUAAUGGUCGACUAUCAAGUGCUCUGAAGGGGAGUGGAAUGGAUAGGGGAUCCAAUGAAACACCUUGACGGCGUGCAAAUACCCUGUCCAUAAAGUUCCCAGCUGCGCCUGAAUCGACUAGCGCCUUACACUGGGAAACUACCAGGUGAUCGGGAAAGGAGAUAGAUAGGGUACAGUGAGCCGCAAAGGGCUCUGAACAAGUUUGGGUGUUCGUUACCUGGGGUGAUGCGUGAGUACCCUGCCUACUGCCUCCAGACCCAAAAGAACGUUGACUGCGACGUGAGGUGGAUUGUCCCUUCGUACCACCAGAGUGGCACUGUCGCUGUCCUCCUGCGCUCUCUCGACCGGCAGCUCCCCCCAGCUCCAUCUGCUCGGGGUCAGAGUCGUCCGGAGUGGGAACGGGCAGACCCCUACCAGGACGUCCUCUGGCUGCUAGCAGAUUAUCCAGCCGGAUGGCCAUGUCCACCAGUUGAGAGAACGAUAGCAUGGCAUCAUGGCAGGCUAGCUCCCGUCGGACGUCCUCCCUUAGGUGGCAUCGGAAAUGGUCGAUCAGGGCCCGCUCGUUCCACCCGGACCCCGCUGCCAGCGUCCGGAACUCCAGCGUGUAGUCCUGUGCGGUCCUUGUCCCCUGCCUCAGUUGGACCAGUCGUUCGCCCGCCUCUCGACCCUCAGGCGGGUGAUCGAAAACUGCCCGAAAGAGGCGAGCAAACUCCCCGUAGUCCUCCAACGUGGCACCUCUCUCGUUCCACACCGCGUUGGCCCACUCCAGGGCUCUCCCACAAAGGCAGGAAACGAGGACGGAUACCUUCUCCCGCUCCAGUGGCGCCGGCCUGAUGCUGGAGAAAUACAGCUUGAGUUGGAGCAUAAAUCCCUAGUAUCGCGCUGCCGUCCCAUCAAACGCCGGUGGCCGGGAUAUCUGGAUCCCUCCAGGGGCUGGGGUGUAUUGUGGCUGGAUCCGGUUGACCAGCUGGUCUCGAUAGAUUGGAUCCUCUCCUCUACAGGCAUUCUACUACCUGAAGAACCCGAUCCAUCGCUUCCCCCAAGCUGGCCAGCAUCGAGGAAUGCUCCUGGACCCUUGCCACAACUCCAGGCAUGCGGUCUUCUCCUGCUGACUCCAUUCAGCGGGUGAGUGAUUCUGUGACGAGUUGUGAAUGAAGGAUUCAGGCGCAGGAGGUAAAACAACAUAAAGUCCAGAGUUUAUUCCGUUUACAUAAAUCAAACGCUCCCAGCGUGAAAACGAAACUAAUACAAGGGAAAAUAAUCCACCUUGGCAAGUACACAUAGAAGAGUAGCUCAACCGAGCUACUUGCUCUCACAAUAAACAAUCACUCACAAAGACAAGAGGAACAGAGGGAACACUUAUACACAUACUAAUUAGGGGAAUGAGCACCAGGUGUGUGUGAUUGACAAGACAAGAAAUGACAAGUGGAGUGAUGAGAAUGGGAUCGGCAGUAGCUAGUAAGCCGGUGACGACGAACGCCGAAACCUGCCUGAACAAGGAGGGGAGGCAGCCUCGGCGGAAGUCGUGACACUCACAUUUUCUCACAGACAGAAGUCGUCAGUACAGCCAUGAUUUACACUCAUGACCUUGACCUUAACAUUGGCAUUUUAUGAACACAAACUACAGUAUAUUUAGACACAAACAUUGAGUUUGAGGAAAAACUGAAGCGCCAUAGGAGGAUUUUCCUUGAAGAUUCCUCGUUACUAUGGUCUUGGAUCUUUAGGUUUAAACCUUUCAGCUUAGGCUCAGUUUGACCAUUUUUUAAAUCACAAUGACUAAAAUGACAUAGACAAGGGGGACUUGAUCCUAGACCAGCUACUCUGAGACACUUGAUACAGACGGCCCCAGGACUUAAGGCAUUAAUAUCAUACAAAUGAAAUGUAAUUGUAUUCAAGUGAUUUCAUGCGACAUAAUGGUCCACUACUAGCGACAGAGAAUGAUGAGAAUAAUGUGUUUCUGUCCUCAGUCCCCUUGUGUCGAAGAUUCGUGUGAUUCUCGGUCAGCAUAAGUUCAACAUUACGACUUCUGACACCAAAACCUUUGGAGUGGAGAAGUACGUCUUUCCAGAGCGUUUCUCUGUCUUCAAUCCAACUCUCCAUGACAUUGGUAAAUAUACUAUGUCACGCUCCUAUUCACUCUUACUGAUUAUUUGCAUACACAUACACAUGCAAACACACACAAAGUUUACAUUAUAGCACAUGCUAUACACAAAGGAACACACACACACACUCACACACCCCAGUCUGCCAGUCUGCAGUGCAUGAUCUGUGCUCACAGUUGUGCAUCUUGGAACAGCUGUCUCUAAUGUGAAUACACACAGACACACCCACACACAUUUGUCUCUGAGCACCUGUGUCCAUUCAAAAGGUACUCACACUUCUCUCUCCCUUUUUCUUGUCUUUGCUGAUCUUUCCAAAUUUUACAAGAGCUAUUUUCUGAAAGCAAAACAUACAUUAUUCAAUAGUGCAGCAAUCGUUCUGUGUUUUCAUGAGUCAAGAUUUUGAAUUACGAGAACACUACAUCCUACAGCGUUUUUUGGAUGACUCCCCCACUCCAGGUCGUAAUAAUAGGAAAUGAACAGUGGUUCUCAAUGUACAUACCAAGGUUAAAGAAAUAUUAAAUAAAUACAACUCUUCUUCACCUUUUCCUGUGUUAUGAUAAGAAUGUUUCUAUUCCAACAGUUCUGGUGAAACUGAAAAAACAAGAUGGCCGCUGUGUGAGAAGGAAUCAGUUUAUACGGCCAAUCUGCCUGCCGGAUAAAGCCAUGACCUUCCCAGACUACUACUGCUGUCAGAUCACUGGCUGGGGCCACAUGCAUGAGAGUAAGUGUUGUGUCAAAAACAGUCCUCUGGUGUAUUGUGUGGUCAGAUACUGGUACUGUACUGGUCAGAUAUGUCAUUACAGUCUUGAAUGUCUUCAUAUCACAACAAUGUAACAUCUCAAAUAGACAUCAAUGCACUAUAUCCAAUCACAUGCGCUUCCAUAUAGGUCCAUCUGUCCUAUUCAUGUCUUUACAUUAAUGUCUCACUGAUGGACAUUUUUUCAUGUGACCUAAUGUUUACAGUAUAUACGUCUAUCCCAGCCAUUACGGAUUUAUUUGUCUUAUUUUUCUAAAGAGGCAAAUAAAUACAGCAACCUGCAGGAGGCUGGGGUGAGGAUCGUCCCGUUUGAGAGGUGUAUCCAGCCUGAAGUCUACGGCAACCAUGUGACCUCCAACAUGGUCUGUGCCGGGACCGACCGAUGUGUGGAUGCCUGCCAGGUAAGAGUGCAUAGACCUAGGGUUCCUUUUCUGUACCCAAAUUAGAUUAGAAUAGAAGAAAAUAUAUGUUUUCUUGUACAUUGUACAGUCAGCCAUGUUAUAAGGAUGUGUAAUGAGUGAUGCAGUAUAAUAUAUAGAGGAGCCUCUGGACUGUUUCAGUUUGAGUAUAGUGGGUUGGGUUCACAGAACAUGCAUAUGGAGGAGGCUGCUAUAUGAAUUGCAUGGCCUUCAGUUGCUUAAUCUUUAAUGAAAGGUUAUGGUUAACUUCCCACAUUGUUAAUGUGUUGCGUUGUAAUGCAAUUGGUUUGUGUAAUAUAAGGUUUCAAGGGGAUGACUCAUUGUUUGUUUGUGUGUGUGUCUGCUUGUUCCCCCAGGGUGACUCAGGAGGACCUCUGGCCUGUGUGAAGGAUGACGUCAGCUUCCUGUAUGGAGUAAUCAGCUGGGGUGAUGGCUGUGGAAAGACUGGGAAGCCUGGGGUCUACACCAAAGUCGUUAAAUACGUCAACUGGAUCAACACAAUUAUCAAGCGCAAGCACAAGUCUAAAUGAAUGGACAUCAGCCUUAUUAUAUGGACGUUACAGCUGGUGUCCUACUGUGGAAGAAUAGUGAUUUUUACACAACUGUGAAAUAAAUAUUAUUUUGUGACUGAAUAAACAUUGUAAAUAUUGUUAAACA